GAGAAAUGGGCUGUUGCAAUGUCACUCCCUAAUUACUCCAGUGAUGAGGUCUAAUCACAAGGCACUUUGGCUCAGCUUGGCUGUGCCAUUCCAAAAUCACUUCCUCCAUGUGUGUUGUAGUCUCAUGCUACCAAUUUUCUCAAAUUACUCCUUUUCAAUGUCAUUUGAGGUGGCCAUAAAGAAAAUAAAUGUGCAAGGAGUGAGUAGGAAGAUAUUAACCAUGAAUGAAAUCAGGAUCAUGGAGAGUAAUAGGAGUCCCAGGAUCGUGAAUUACUUAGCCAGCUACCUUGUGCAUGAGGAACUCUGGCUGGUGAUGGAGUACAUGGACGGAGGCACUCUGAGAGAUCUCAUCGACGAGAUUCAAAUGUCUGAAGGAGAGAUUGCAGCUGUCAGUCGGGAGUGCCUGCAAGGUCUGGAUUUUCUUCACUCCAACCACGUGAUCCAUCGAGAUGUCAAGAGCAACAACAUCCUUCUCAGAACCGACGGCUCUGUCAAGCUGGGUCAGUGUAUUCUUGCUCAGCUUCAGCCUUCCAGGAAUGGGGGGUGUGGGGCUGCUUUCAGUGACUGCCAGCUCCCCAAAAAUGCUGCUGCUGGCAGUGCAGGGGUCCCCCCUGCUGUGGGCUGAAGGCACAGUUGCAGGGUGCACACAGCUAUGACAAGGAGCCACAAGC